UAUGGCUUCCUUGUGGAGAAGAGUGUCUUCAUGGCUUUCCCCUUUGUGCGGAUCGUAUCUGAAGAGCUUUGCAUCGUGAUCGACCGAUCGUCUUCAAGAAACUAGAUCAAUAAAAUGGCAAGGCAUAGAAACUACAGAAAUUAUGCCUACGAAGACGACAUGUCUGAUGAUGUGUAUGGUCAUUCAGUGGAGGAUUAUGACAUAGCAGUAUCACCAACCACUGCUGAGGAAUUCCUGUUCAGACGUAGCAAUAGUCGGGACCCAAAUCUAUCAGCAUACAUGGCUGAUAGAUUUGGCAGAGUGGAAGAAGAAGAUGAAGAAGAAUCUGAUGACGAACCUCUGGCUACAUCACAGGACUACAGAAGACCUCAGUUAGAUCCCAGGAGUGAAGAAAAAUUAUCCUCUUGUUUGGAUCAACUACAUUCUAUUCUUGGAGAGAACUUAGAUGAAUGCACAGCUGUAACGGCAGUUAUACAGAACAACUUUGACUUAGAGAGGGCUCUGGAUCAAAUUCUUAGUGGUGGGGAAAAGCAGGGCAUCAAGGAUAACUCACGUCCAGCUGGAAGUAAAGAUUGUGAAUUAUUUCAAACCCAGUCAGAAAAACAGGUUCAAGUCAAUGAGCAAAAUAGACUAUGCAAAAAAGCUGUUGCAAAGCAGUUGUCUGCAGGUAGAAAAAAGAAUCUCAAAACAACUAAAGAAACAACUUUGUUGGCAAAUAAUUCUGGCUCAGUAAGUUUGUCAGGCAUUUCUCCUACGGCAUUAUCUUUAAACACUUUGGCUCAAGGAUCAUCUGCUGACAACUCGUCAUCAAAUGACAGUGUUUUGCGCAAACCAACCAUCGCAGCAUCUUUGUCUUCAAACUCAAACACAAAAUCUGUUGGGUCAUUUAAUAUAGAUGGAGUAUCUGUAUCUGUAUCUGAACCUCCUCACACUGUGUCACCUCCCACUUCAUUAUCAUUGGCAGCAGUUGCUCAGUCACACCAAGCAAGAGUCAGUGAUGGAUCAGAGAUGCCAGCACAAAGUGUUCUGUUAGCAGCCCCUCUAAGUAGCUUGUCUCGCUCAGGAGGGUCAUUAUCUGUACAGUCAGUGACAUCUCUUUCAGUUCCUCUUAGCCAUCUUUCUGGCCUAGGAGGACUACCAUCUUUGUCAGAGUCACAGAACACAGAUAAUAACAAGCUCCCCCUGACCUUGGGCAGUCUAUCGCAGUUGUCUCCUCAGCAAGGUCCUUUGUCAACUCAGCCAGUGACAUCUUCAUCAUCAUCUCUAUUGUCAGUUCCUCUAAGCAGUCUUUCAGGGCAGUUAGGAAUAUCAUCAGUUUCAAAGCUGGUGAUGGAUGGCACUAACAACCCUCCCUUGACUUUGAACACUUCACAGUCACAGUUAUCUUCCCAACAGAGCUCAUUAUCAGGACAAGCAUUGCCAUUGUCAUCAUCAUCUCUUCUUUCGGUUCCUCUCAGCAGUCUUUCAGGCCAAAUAGGAGAAUCAUCACUGUCAGAGCCGCCAAACAGUGGUCUCCACAACCCUUCCCUGACAUUGAAGAGUUUGUCACAGUUGUCUUCCCAGAAAGGCUCAUUUGGACCCUCUAAUUCUUUGUCAAGCAGCCCUCUGCUCUCACCUCUUAAUAGUGUCUCACAGAAAGGCAGUGCAUCCACUAGUGAAACAACCCUUGGAUCUUUACUUAACUCUACAUCCAAAAGCUCUGCAUUUUCCUUACCCCUUAGGAACUUGGCUGAGAUUUCAAAAUCAGGGUCAGAAUCAGGAGAGGUUAUUACACAGGGACCUUCAUUGUCAAUGCUGCAUGGCAGUUUAUUGCAUGUAAGACACUCUCCAGGAAGUGGAAUGGACACAUCACCCUCAAAACUGUCUCAGUCAUCUGGCACAUCCCUUUCAUCAAGUCCACUAUCAAAUGUUGGUACUUUAAAUGGAAAUUCUUUGGUUCUCAAAUUAACUGACCUGAAGAUCCAUGGCAAUUUAAGUGGCAUUCACCAGCAGGAGAACGAUCAUAAUCACAACCAGACAAUGGAACACAAAGGCGUAAAAACACCUGUGAUGCCCUCCAUGUCUGACGUGCCUGUGAACCAAGAACAGUUAAAAUCAGUGCAUGCUGGGAAUAACAAACCAAUACAUGUUGCAACAAGUGCAGAGAAAGAUUCUGUUAAUAUUUACAAUGGCAAAAGAACAAAAAAGCAUUUAGAGGUAGAAAGAGAUGGUGGUAAAACACAAAUAAGACUGUCUCCAUUGAGAGCAAAACCAACCAUGUUUGCUUUAACAAUGUGCUCUGCCCAUAAUGCAGCUGCUCAAAGAGUAGUCAAGCAGCUUUACAAUGCAGAUCUCUCCAACAUAACCCCUUUUGACUUCUCUUCGCCAUCACCUGACGAUAUUGUGAAUGAAAAGCAAAAGAAAGCAUUUUUAAGAAAGAAAUGACAGUCAAAAGGAAUUCAAGAAAAAAUUACACAUUGAUUAGGCUUAGAUAUGCAAUAUACCAAGCACGGCUGAUUUUAUUUCAUUGCUUGAUAGUAAUUAAAUUGAAACGGAGUAAAACUUCAUCAAUAUAAUAUUUCAAUAUGAAGUUUAAAAAAAAACACAAUUCUAGAAAGCAAGAUAAUUUUUCCCCCUGUAAUUGUCUAUAUUUUUAAAAUUUGUGUAAAUUUGCUGUUGUUUUAAAUAUUUACAGCUAAAUGUAUAUGUUGGAAAGUUUGACCCAAUUGUAAGUUUUAUUGACUAAAUUAUGUCGCUGGGGAAACAAAGAACAAAGUGUAAUGUCUUAUUUGUAUUUUAAGAGAUAAUACUGCACCAAAGUUGUUUUAGUUAUGUGAUGUUUGUCUAAACACUGCAUUUGAAUUCCAAUGUCAGUAUUGCUGUUAACCCUUUAACUCCUAUGAGCAACCAAGACAGAAUUUCUCCUUGCAAUGAAACAUCAAGCAGAGAAGUGACAAGAAAAAUAAUGGAGAGUAUUAGUUGAUCCAAUACCAAAUUCUCUAAACUAACAAAACAAGAAUUGUGUGGCAGAGAGUGAGAAGGUUUUACUAAUUAGAUCUUAGGAGUGAAAGGGUUAAAUUUGCUUCUAGGUUGAUUUGCAAUUUCCUUUGUUACAUGCCUUGAUUUUGAACCAUAAGGUAAGACGACAAUUAUUAAAAAGAAAUUUAAAAUCAACCUGGGAAAAGACUCUUUACCUGAAAGGAAAAAUAA